GUGCGUUCCACAACAGCGGCGGCGCGACAUCGCACGAACGAUGACGGUGGGGGCCUGUCGCGGGCUGCUCGGAUGCGCCCUCCAUGCUGUAGCGGGACUCGAAGCGGCGACAGCGAUAGGAGGCAGCGGGGGAGGGAAGAAGGCGAAAUCGGGCAGGCUGUGGCCGCCCCCCCUCCUCUUGGGCAACAAGCGUCGCUGCCGCCUCCGCAGUAGGUCCUCGACGUCGGCCGACGGACGCGCCGCGUUCAGUGCUCGUGCGCCAGUGCAGCCGUGAUUGGGGAGCAGCCAGGAUGCCCCGGUCGUUCCUCGUGCGCCGUUGCGGGACCUACUCCCGCUGGAGCGCGGCCGUGAGGGGUGCGCUGGCCGCCGACAACGAAGACGCGGGAGGGCAGCGGACCCACCGCCUUCACUGCGUCGGGGAAAGAGGUGGGGGCCCCCUAAUGAGGUUCCCCUCGGUCGACUGGACGGCUUUGCGCAGCGACGAGGAUAUCUCCCGCAGUCCCAGUCAGAGUCCUGGCCAGCAGGAGAACAGCGCCGGAUCCUUGAACGUGCCCACAGACUAUUCAAUCCAGGCGCUUUUGGGAUUGAAAACGGAACCCGAGGACCAUCAAUGCAUUCACUGCCACAGGAGCUUCCCUACCGGCGGUGCCCGGGACUUCCAUUCGCGGAGGUGCAGCAGCGGCUCUCAGGCCGCGCGCCGUCCCGCGAGUGACUCCACAUUGGCUGCCGGGCCCGAGGCGCCGGCCCCGUGUCGCUCGCACUAUCCCGCCGCCUUCUCCGACCCGGUGCUGUCGCGGCAGCCGCGGUCCCUCCACCCGAGCCCCAGGACGUUCGAGUGCAAGCAGUGCGGCAAGCGGUUCAAGCGCUCCUCGACGCUGUCUACUCACCUGCUCAUUCACUCGGACACCCGGCCCUACCCGUGCGAGUACUGUGGGAAGCGCUUCCACCAGAAGUCGGACAUGAAGAAGCACACCUACAUACACACCGGUGAAAAACCUCACAAGUGCAAAGUGUGCGGCAAGGCCUUCAGCCAGUCCUCCAACCUGAUCACCCAUAGCCGAAAACACACGGGAUUCAAGCCUUUCGCCUGUGACGUCUGCGGAAGAGCCUUCCAGAGAAAAGUGGACCUGCGAAGGCAUCGAGAAACACAGCAUCAAGGCUUCGGCAUUUUAACUGACGACGUCAUUAUACAUCCAGAACAAAGGCUUAUCUGAUUUUCGCACUCAGAUGAAAUAUAACAGCAAAAAACGAACAAUCCGCGUAGACAAUGAGUUAAGUGAAGUCUACGGAGAGGGAGCGUGCGGGCACCAUUCACAUUGCUUGUCAUCUUCAAGCCGCAGCCACACUCCGCAGACAUCAUGCAGGAGACACGGUGCUCACUGCAGUCAUGAUAACAUAAUUAGCUACAGACAAACUUCACGCAUGUUCGGUGCAUGUUUGCUUGGAACAUGUCUCAAGACAUUGUUGGUGUGACCAAUGUGUACAAGGAACAAACACGCCACAGACUGUGUAUGCGGACUGCCUCUUUUUUAUGAUGUGUUACCAGUGCGUCUCGGCUUUGUAUAUUCAGACCGGAAUAACGGGCAAUCAACCGAAUACAGGUUCCGAGGUCACGAAUAUGAACCUGAAGAUAUAUUGUCAUCAAAAUAUCUUGACGUCAUAUUGGGGUGAAGAUUUUGACGAGCCUGCUUAGUUUAAAUUUAGAGAUUAUGGGCAACAACCCUGAUGAAAAAACCAAGGACUGUACAAUACGAAAUAAGUCCGCCCAAAAUUAAACAAACCACGUGUGACAACUACGCACAGUAAAGCCGGGGUCGUCACUGCUUAUACAUCAUACAAAAGACAGUCUGUAUACAGAUUCGAAUGCGAGUCACCGCGAGACCGCGAGAUCCCUGCUUCGAACGCCGCAUGGCAAUGCGUUCGAGAGACACUCGUCGCACGGCGUUCGAACCACGGAUAUUCCGGUGAUUCGUGUUUGCAGACUGGUUCUCGCAUGAUUUAUGAGCAGUGUGUCCCCGGCUGAAGGCGUGUUCUAGUCUACAGGGACCUUACGUGAUGCGAAUUUAUGCAUCGAUUAUACAGUUUUUGUCUGUUUAUUAGAAAUUACAUUAAUAGCAAUUUCGUAUGUGUUCAAUGUACCGCUUCUUUGGUUAAGUUGCAAAUUUUACACCUUGCAUUGCAUUGUCCUAAUCGCGCAACGAUAAUAAACCGAUUUUGAUUUU